AUGCAGAGACAUAAUUCUAUAAAAAUAAAUACAGUGUUUAACGGUGAGUUCGUAUCAGGUGAUAAACGUGCCAAUAAAAGUGUGAGUACGAGAAACUAUGAACUUUUUCGUUCGUCAAAUUUGCAAGAGCGGUACGCGUCGCGAGUCGUCGAGCCAAUCCUGGCAUCGCUGGACGAAUUCCAGGAACGUGAUAGUGGGUGGACGCUAUCGCGUAUCCUCAAUUUGACUAUUAGUGUGAACAAGUACAAUCCUCUGCACGCCGGUUGUGACAUUGAGUUAUCGAAAAAAAUUACGGACAAGAGAGCGAUUGUUAAUGUGCAAUCCCGGGACGAUGCGUGCUUCGCGUGGUCGGUGGUAGCCGCUCUGCACCCGGCUGAAAAGCAUAUGGAGCGAAUGUCUUCGUAUCCGCACUACUCAUCGGUACUCAAUCUCACGAACAUCGAGUUUCCGAUGACAUUAAACCAGAUAAAGAGAUUUGAAAAUCUCAAUGACAUCUCAGUAAAUGUUUAUUGCAUCGAGAACGAAAUUCUUCCUCUUCGGCUCACCGACCGAAAGAGGAGCAAGCACGUCAAUCUGCUAUACGUGGAGGAUCCUCAAGAUGAAAACACGAAGGAUAUGCGGGACAAAAACAUGGGAUGCUUACACUACUUCAGCUGCAAUAAAAAGUUGGAGAUCCACACAGUAGACUGUGGAAAACUUAACGAUUAUGCCAUAAGGCUGCCGAGCGAGGACGACAAGUGGCUCAAGUUCAAGAACAACUGCAGGAAGGAGCGCGUCCCGUUCGUCGUCUACGCAGACCUGGAGUGCGUGCUGGAAAACAUGGACAAGGAUCCGACAUCAUCCACGUACACUUAUCAACGACAUAAGGUUUUUAGUAUAGCGUAUUACGUACACUGCUCGUACGACAGCUUACUGUCGGGUUAUCGUUUUCGACGUGAUAAUAAUUGUAUAGCGUGGUAUGCGGACGAAUUAAAAAAAAUAGCGCAUAGUGUAAAGACUAUAAAUUCUACAAAUGUUCCUAUGACAGAUUUUACGCGAGACGACUGGCAGAAAUUUAAUAGCGCUACGCACUGCCACGUGUGCGAAAAACCGUUCGCGAAAGACGAUUCAUAUAAAUUUCUCGCCUCAAGUUUAGAAAAAUUAGCGUCUUUUCUCAGCAAGGAUAAGCUACGGGUAGUGCAACGUGAAUUUUGUAAUUUAUCUGCAGAAAAUUUCGACUUAUUGACGCGAAAAGGUAUAUUUCCGUACGAGUACAUUGACAGUGUUGAAAAACUGGAUGAUGCAUGCUUACCACCUCGCGAAUCGUUUUACAGUUCAUUGACGGAUAGUACGGUAUCUGAGAGUGAUUACGCGCACGCCUUGAACGUAUGGCAGCAGUUCUCCAUUCGAACCCUCGGCGAAUACAGUGACUUAUAUUUAAAAACGGACGUUUUGUUGUUGACUGACAUUUUUGAGAAUUUUCGAGAUAGUUGCGUUGCGAGUUACGGGCUCGAUCCCGCGUAUUAUUACACCUUACCGGGCUUCACGUGGGAUGCCAUGUUGAAGCAUACAGGUGUAAAAUUUGAACUUCUAACUGACGUCGACAUGGUUCUUUUCAUCGAACGCGGUAUACGUGGCGGUCUGAGCCAGUGUUCAAACAGAUAUGCGCAGGCCAACAACAAGUAUAUGCAAUCGUAUGAUCCGUCGAAACCGUCGACGUACUUGAUGUAUUAUGACGUCAACAACUUGUACGGUUGGGCAAUGUGUCAACCAUUGCCAUACGCCGAUUUUCAAUGGGUCGACGAUGUAGAAAAUUUUGAUGUUACGACCGUCGCGCUCGAUUCACCGACAGGCUAUAUUCUCGAGGUGGACUUGGAGUAUCCGUAA